AUGCAUGCUCUAUUAUUAAAUAAAGCUAAUAAUGUAAUUAUCACAAUUGCUAUUGAAUUUCUUUCACGAAGUGUUUUACGACAUUUAAUUAAUGAAAGUCAAUCACGUAGUGCAAUUGAAAGUAAUUAUGAAACAACGACAACAAAUUUUAUAUCAUUAGGAAAAUUAUUUCAAUUACGAAAACAAUAUCUUAUUACUGGAUUGAGUACUGAUAUUUCUGGAUAUUUGUUUAUUUUAGAAGAUUUAUUUUCAAAACAGAAAAAAAAAGAGUUCUAA